UGCCGCUCGGCUCGCACGAUAGUUGUGUCACGUGGCGCUCGCGCAAUAUUGAAAAGACUGUGGACAUAAUGGCUUCGAAACCUAAAUCUCGAUCUAAUCCGUAUAAAACAUAUUGUUCUGUUUACGGAUGUCUGAAUAAACGGAAGAAUAUGGAAGCAGAUUUAUCAUUUUUUAAAAUUCCGGACGAAAUUGAAAGACGACAAGAAUGGCUAACAGCAAUCGACAGAGAAGAUUUACUGGACGAAAAAAAGUUGAAGAAGGCCAAAAAAAACUUUAUUUGUUCUGCACAUUUCGAUGACUCUGCAAUCAUAACUUCAACUUUGAAGCGGCUGAAAAGUGAUGCAGCACCCACGAAAUUAUUACCUGAUAAAUCACAGAAACAUAUUCCACCAGACGUUCGUGAUGUAAUCAUAACAACUAAAAAUACAUCUAUUCAAGCUCUUCCACAAUCCUCCACAGAUAUUUUGUCUCACUUACACAAACCCACAAAGAAAGAUAAAAUAUUGGUUUCCACAUAUAGUCACAGUCAAUCACAAACCGAUACCCAAAAAGAAAUAGAAUCUGAGAUCGCCCAACCGAAUAAUAAUAAAUCAUUUAAUGAGUCGAAGCCCAAAUCAACAGUUCUAUCUAAACCUAAAACUGCCUUACAAUCUCACAAAAAAGUACGAAUAUUAUCAAAUGAAAUAAUUAAAAUAAAAAAACCUGAGCUUACUUGUUCUUCAAUGCAAACAGAUUUAAUUGAAACAUCAAACAAAAUGACACAGACAGCAUUAGCCUUAUCUGACAAAUCCCCACGUAAAAGAAAACUGAAAAAGGAACUCGUGACUGUUAAAUGCCAACGUAAGCGUUUGGAGCAAGAAGUUUUAAAAACUGAAAAAGAGUUAGAAACAAAAAAUGCAUCUUUAUACUGUCCAGUCCCGAAGACGAAGUAGCUCAACGAUUUAUGAAAUUGGUUGAGUGGCAAAACAAAAUAAAAAACGAAUUCAAAGGCAAUCGCUACGCGGCGGAAUUAAAAAUAUUUGCUUUGAAUUUACAUUACGC